AUGGUGUGGUUGCAGUGGUGUUGUUGCUGUGGUUGCUAUGGUGUGGUUGCAGAGGUGUUGUUGCUGUGGUUGCUAUGGUGUGGUUGCAGUGGUGUUGUUGCUGUGGUUGCAGUGGUGGUGUUGCUGUGGUUGCUAUGGUGUUGUUGCAGUGGUGGUGUUGCUGUGGUUGCUAUGGUGUUGUUGCAGUGGUGUUGUUGCUGUGGUUGCUAUGGUGUGGUUGCAGUGGUGGUGUUGAUGUGGUUGCUAUGGUGUUGUUGCAAUGGUGUUGUUGCUGUGGUUGCUAUGGUGUGGUUGCAGUGGUGUUGUUGCUGUGGUUGCUAUGGUGUGGUUGCAGUGGUGGUGUUGCUGUGGUUGCAAUGUGGUGUUGUUGCUGUGGUUGCUAUGGUGUGGUUGCAGUGGUGUUGUUGCUGUGGUUGCUAUGGUGUGGUUGCAGUGGUGGUGUUGCUGUGGUUACUAUGGUGUUGUUGCUGUGGUUGCUAUGGUGUGGUUGCAGUGGUGGUGUUGCUGUGGUUGCUAUGGUGUUGUUGCAGUGGUGGUGUUGCUGUGGUUGCUAUGGUGUUGUUGCAGUGGUGUUGUUGCUGUGGUUGCUAUGGUGUGGUUGCAGUGGUGGUGUUGCUGUGGUUGCUAUGGUGUGGUUGCAGUGGUGUUGUUGCUGUGGUUGCUAUGGUGUGGUUGCAGUGGUGGUGUUGCUGUGGUUGCUAUGGUGUUGGUGCUAUGGUUGCUAUGGUGUUGUUGCCAUAG